GAGAGGGAGUGUGUAUGUGUGUGUGGGAGAGUGAGUGGUUUACAAAAGUGUGUCUCACAGUGCGAUAAAGACGUGAACACGUUCUUAAGAUCAGUCUUUUAUUAAUGUGGCUAAAAUAAUUGUUUUCUGUUUUCUGUUAAGUUGGUGUGGACGGUGUCACAUGACCAUUCAAAAACACCUGAACUAACCCUUUAUUAUUUCUCUUUAAAAUCUAUUCAUUCAAGAAUUGUCACUGUGUGUGUGUGUUGGGGUCACUUUGAUGUCCUUUGAUGUCUUUGGUAGUUUCAUUGGUUUAAUGGUGUUUGAUGUAAAUGUGACAUCACAGCAGAUCACAGGCCUGGGAUCGUCUGUCUGUCUGUUGACAGUCUGUGUUUUAAUCCUCUCACACACACACACACACAGUCAUGUCAGCAGAGGACACAGGAGACGAGGCAGCCAUGAUGCCGCCGGCGUUAACCAGCACAGUCUAUGAUUACGACUACGACACGGUGCGGCCAUACUUCUUCUUGGACGGCGAGGCGGACGACUUCUACCCUCCAUGUCACCAGCUCCUCCCAGGUCCCGGCGAGGACAUCUGGAAGAAGUUUGAGCUUCUGCAGACGCCUCCUCUGUCCCCCAGCCGCAGGCCGUCGCCGUCUGACCCUCCACUGUCCGCUGCCAAUCACUUGGAGGCGGUGUCCAACCUGCUGGACGAGGACUGCGGCCCGUCCGCGUCCUUCCUCCAGUCCUUCGUCAUUCAAGACUGCAUGUGGAGCAGCAGCUUCGCCGCAGCCACCAAACUCGAGGAGGUGGUGUCGGAGUGGCUGGUGUCGCUGCGGUCACGCCGAGACUCCUCCUCCUCUGACGGGGUCACUGAGGGUCAGGUGGGCGGGUCUCAGGUGAGCACAGACAUGACGGCAGCAGACUGCGUCGACCCGUCUGUGGUGUUUACCUCCGAGCCGGACAGUGAAUCAGACAAAGAGGACGAAGACGUCGACGUGGUGACGGUGAACGGGCCAAAGGCGUCGAGGCCGGCAGACUCCGCCCCUCUGCUCCUGACACGCCCUCACGUCGACAUCCACCAGCACAACUACGCUGCCCAGCGGCCCACGGCACCGCCUGCUGUCAGACCGCUCGGGUCAGAGGUCGCCUGCAGGAGCCCGCAGUCGGACAGUGAGGGCGGAGACGACAGACGCAGGACGCACAACGUGCUGGAGCGGCGGCGGCGCAGCGAGCUGAAGACGAGCUUCUCCACUCUGAGGGACCUGAUCCCGGCGCUGGCCAAUCAGGACAAAGCAGCCAGAGUCGCGAUCCUGAAGGAGGCGACGGAAUUUAUCGCAAAGGUCCGAGGGGAGGAGUGUCGACUGCGGAUGACGAAGGACAAGCUGAGGAAGACGAGCAGGGAGCUGCGACGAAGGCUGCGGCGGCUCCAAGCUUCACGUUAGCUUCACGAAGAAGUCACAACGGGACAAUAUUUAAAAAAUCUCCGAUAAUCGUGAUUAUCUGACCAAAAUAAGCAACAAUGUUAUUGUUUUCAAACGUCACCAAAACUCACUGUGUCACUUUAUGUCACACUUUUAUUUAUUUAUUUGUUUGUUUGUUUGUUUUAUCUUCUGUGGGUUUGUAUCUGUUUGUCCACAGACGCACAGAACGUGUUUGCAAUCGCCAAAAAACAUUACUGUGUCGCCAAAUAGCUAUUUACAGAAAAAUCGUAUUAUUUUUAUUUUUUAUCGCAGAUGUUUCCGAUGUGAAGUCUGAACGAUUUUCAGUUAUUUUGAUCAACUUCUGAACAAAUGUGACCUCGUUUCAUCUCUUCAUUUAUUUAUAAUGAUCAGACGUUUAACGACGUUGAUCCUAGUCCUUAAAUGCACCACAAAUAAUGAUUCAAUGUAACGGCAACGCGGUGCCGCCUGCUGUGUGUUUGAGGAUCUACACUAACCAGUGUUGCACUGUUUCUCUUUGUACUUCUGCACUUUUUUAAAUUUCAUUUGUUUUUAAAUGCGUUUUUGUACAAAACUCUGACGUUUGAGUAGCAAAGUAAAUUUAAUGCAGCAGAGAUUUGACUCUUCCCGUUUCUUCCUGUUAAACAAUAAACAGCCUCCAGUUUAA